GAGAAGCAGAGAGCAGUGAUGGCUGGACAGGGAGAGGAGAACCGGCUGGAGUUGCAGGGGAUCAUCGGGUUUAACGGACAUGUUCCGUCUGGCCUGCUCAGUCACCCUGAUAGAGAGCAUCUGAUAUACCCCCUGGGGUGCACUAUCAUCAUCGAAAACCUCAACACCCGCAAGCAGCAGUUCCUUCAGGGUCACACCAAUAAUGUGUCCUGUUUGGCCGUGUCCAGGAGCGGCCGAUACCUGGCGUCUGGUCAGGUCACCUACAUGGGAUUUAAGGCAGACAUUCUCCUCUGGGAUUACAGCAGACGCGAGGUCUGUGCCAAACUAACACUGCACAAGGUCAAGGUGGAGGCUUUGGCCUUUUCUCCUAAUGACCUGUACCUGGUGUCCCUGGGAGGCCAAGAUGAUGGAAGUGUCGUGGUGUGGAACGUGGCAAAGCGAGAAGCCAUUUGUGGCAGUCCUGCUUCUUCCCUUAGCUCCGGACAUGCCUCCACCGUCAUCUUUGCUCACAAUAGUGAUGAGAUCUUCAUGACUGGAGGGAAUGGGACACUUCGUGUCUGGGAUCUGGAUCUGCCCAACAGGAAGAUGAGGCCUACUGAGUGCCAGUUGGGCCAGAUGAAAAGAGUGGUGACUUGCCUGCAGGUGGCAGAGGAUGACAGCUGCUUCUACUGUGGCACCACUACAGGGGACAUCCUUAAAAUCAACACCAAGAACAAGCUGCUGAACAGUUGUGCUCCGCAGAAGGGCAAGUUCAGCCUGGGUGUGACGGCUCUGACCCUGCUAAAGACUGGUGAACUGCUUGUCGGUUCUGGGGAUGGAAAGUUGGCUCUCUGCAAAGGUCCAAACUACAAAGCAGCCAAGACUGUCCAGCUCCAGGGCUCCGUCAAUUCAAUCUCACUCCGAGGCCAAGGCCACCAGUUUUUCGUGGGCACAGGAGGGGCACAGAUAUACAGAUUUAACUACCCAGAAUUCAAAGAGGAGCUCAUCACCACUUGUCACAGUGAGGCCAUCAAUGACAUCACCUUUCCCUUUGGCACCUCCGAACUCUUCGCCACCUGCUCCAAGAAUGACAUUCGAGUCUGGCACACAACUACCCACAAGGAGCUGCUCCGGGUCACCGUGCCAAACAUGACUUGCCUCGCCAUUGACUUCACAAGAGAUGGGAAAAGCAUCAUAUCAGCUUGGAAUGAUGGCAGGAUCCGGGCUUUUAUGCCAGAAAGUGGACGGUUGAUAUACUGUAUAGAGAAUGCCCACAGCAUGGGAGUGACAGCCAUUGCUGCAACCAGUGACUGCAAGAGGAUAGUGAGUGGAGGAGGAGAGGGGCAGGUUCGGAUCUGGGAGAUUGGCAAAGAGACUCAGCGACUGGUGCAGUCCAUGAAGGAACACAAGUCUUCUGUCACCUGCAUCAAGUUAAAAGGAAAUAAUCGGGAGUGUCUCACAGCCAGCUCUGAUGGCACCUGUAUUAUCUGGGACAUUGUUCGCUUUACACGAAUCCAGAUGGUCUUGUCCAACACGCUGUUCCGAUGUGUGUGUUAUCACCCCGAGGAAUUCCAGUUUGUCACCAGCGGCACUGACAGGAAGAUUGGAUACUGGGAAGUGUUUGACGGCUCAGCCAUCAGGGAACUGGAAGGGUCCAUGUCUGGGGCCAUUAAUGGGAUGGAUAUAUGUGAUGAAGGCUCACAUUUUGUCACAGGUGGAGACGACAAGCUGGUGAAAGUUUGGGAAUACAACGAGGGCGAAGUGACCCACAUGGGCAUCGGGCACAGCGGAAACAUCACUCGGCUGAAAAUCUGUCCCAUUUCCAAAUAUAUCAUUAGUGUAAGCACAGAUGGGGCCAUACUGCGCUGGGAAUACCCCUACAAGCUCAGAUAAUUCUUGCCCUGUGCAAUGCCUCUUUGGGUGGGGGAUGGUGUGUGGUUACAAAUCUACUCCUCUUUAACACUGACUUUGGCAUCUCAGCUUCUACAAGUCGAACUGAGCACAGAAAUAUGGACUGAACCCCCAGUGCUGAAACAGAGGCUGCUGCAAGGCUAUAAAUAGCAGCUCUGCAGCAGACACGGAGUGCCCCGUCUCAUACUCACCCCAUGUUGUUGUGCUGAUGCUGUUUUAUUUGGGGGAAAAAAGCUGACACUGAAUAAACAAGUUGAAUGUUGUGGUCAGUUAGAAAUAAUAAACCACCUCAUCCUGUAGCCUGCAGACCCUCAGGACAAAGGAGACAUUAGUCUCUGGUGCAUUCUGAAGUUUAGUCACUAGAUGGCAGCUGUAUGCUGUUAAAUGAAAGCACAUUGUUGUGCCUGGAUUUAUGUAAUAAGGAGACACAAAGUUUGCCCAGAUGCAACCAAUCAGCAGGUAGCAUUUAUUAGCAACUAUCUUAUUGGUUGCUAUGGGUGACUGCACCUGGGCAAACUGUGUGCCUUUUAUUACAAAUUGGGGGGUUAUUAUAUAUUUUACACAGAGAUGUAACACUAGCCUCCUACCAGAGAUGCAUUAUUUACUGCCCACCCCUGGCUCCUGUUGUACUCUAACAAAAUAAACAAUUGAUUUGCAGAUA